AUGCAAGCCUCUAAUCGUCACCAGAAUGCCUUCCGCGCCGAGCGUGGCCUGACCUUCGGUGCCUGGCAGAUGCUGCCCGGUGCCAAUCAUGCUAGAUUCAUGGCUCGGACGGGAUAUGACUGGAUUUGCGUGGAUACUGAGCAUGGGAACAUUGCUGUUUGGCAAAUGCACGAGGCCGUUGCCGCCAUUGCGGCUACGGGAACGAGUCCCAUCGUGCGAAUUGCGGCUAAUGAGGGGUGGAUGGUGAAGAAUAUGUCUUUUCAUUCGUGA